CCCCCUUCUCACAAAAAAAAACUUAUUAUUAAUUUUCAUUCUCAUUUUCUCUCGUCUUCUUCGUUACAUCUAAAGAUUUCACUCAAGGCCGGUGUCGGAACAAUAUUUAAUUGAUUACGUCUCAAAUGGCUGGUAUGUGUUGCGGUGUUGUUGGCGAGACAAAAACAACAUCCACUGUUGAGCCUAGCGGUGGUGGUGGUCAAACUAGACGUCGUAUGGAGAUUCAACAGCUUAAAUUGUUUGCCGUCGCCGCAUCUAACGUGGUGGCGGAGAACAACCGUAAGCGGAGAAAGGUUAUCGAGAAGAUUGAAACUAAGGAUGAUGAUAUCGCUUCAAUUAAGCUAAAAAACACAGUUGAACCAAAUGAUGUGAAACCAGAGGAAGUUUUGGAUAAAGAAGGUUCUAGAUUCGGUCUUACUGUUGUGUGUGGGAGGAGGAGAGAUUUGGAAGAUGCUGUUGCGGUAAAACCGUCGUUUUGUAAGACGAAUUCUUCAGUUUCCGAUGAUCUACACUUUUAUGGAGUUUAUGAUGGCCAUGGAUGUUCACAUGUGGCGAUGAAGUGCAAAGAUAGGAUGCACGAGAUAGUAAAAGAAGAAGUGGAGAAUUGCGAGGAAUCAAUCGAAUGGAAGGAGACGAUGGUGAAGAGUUUCUCACGAAUGGAUAAGGACGUAGCUGAAUUGAGCAGCUCUGUUUCCAGUUCCAGUUCCAGCUCAAACUGUAGAUGCGAACUUCAAACUCCACAGUGCGACGCCGUUGGAUCUACCGCCGUGGUUGCGGUGGUUUCUCCAGAUAAGAUUGUCGUCUCUAACUGCGGUGAUUCACGUGCUGUGUUAUGCCGAAACGGUGUUGCCAUACCCCUCUCCACAGAUCAUAAGCCUGAUCGGCCGGAUGAACUCGCAAGAAUCGAAGAGGCCGGUGGUCGUGUUAUAUAUUGGGAUGGCGCUAGAGUUCUCGGCGUUCUAGCCAUGUCUAGAGCAAUCGGUGAUAACUAUUUAAAGCCUUAUGUGAUACCGGAGCCAGAAGUAACGAUAACGGAACGGACAGCUGAAGAUGAGUGUCUUAUUUUAGCAAGUGAUGGCUUGUGGGACGUGGUAUCAAAUGAUGUUGCAUGCAGUGUGGCGCGCAUGUGUCUACGUUCUCAGGAGGUUCCGUCACCGCCGCGGUCUCCCGGAAGUGUGUUAAAUGUUGCCCGUGGUGAAAGCUCCGAUAAGGCUUGUUCCGAUGCUUCAAUUCUGUUAACGAAGUUAGCUUUGGCUAGACGGAGCACGGAUAACGUUAGCGUCCUGGUGGUUGAUCUUAGAAGAAAUUUAUGACACAGAUUUGGAUCUUGUUGUUAUUAUUAUUUAUUUAUUUUAGAUUUUUGUAAUCGUAUUUACAUCGGCCCAUCAAAGAAGAUGAACGGCUUGAUGUGUUAUCAACAAGUAUAUAAAUGUAUAGUUGGGGAAUUGAAUUGAAGCAAUAUAAUAUAUUUUUAUUACUCA